UGAUAUCAAAACUCGCAUUUUUGCCUCCAUCGCUUACUCUUUGGCUAUACAAAUCAACAUCUGAACAAUGGGAAACUGGUGAAAAUCACACAAUUACCUGGAAUUUUGACAAGAAUGUCGUGGGAAUUUAUUCAAGUAAUUACUUCUUUAUCCUCCCUUUACCAAGUUGCUUGCGACGGUUUCUGUAAUGGAUGGCAAGCUAUACCACUGAUACUACCAAUUGGCCAGUUGGUGGAGGUUAUCGCAUCAACAUGGGCAACACCUAGCGUGCUGAGGAAAUAUAUGCUCAAUCAGAAGAGUUCAUUCUUACACCACACCACCAAGCGCUUAAAGCAGGAAUCCUUCUCCCGCUUUGUGAACACGGCUUCUUUCUACUAUUAUCUCUGUUACCAGUCCCUCAUCUCCUAGGGGAGUUGCUUGUGAAACGAGUAGGUCUUAUAGAGUAAAUUGGUAAUAGAAAUAUUUAUUAGUAUCCAGAA